GUCCAAGCUGCGGAGGGUGGAGGAUAGAUCAGAAGUGAAACGGGAGCGGAGGAGACUGGUACCACCGGAGCAUCACCAUCAACAACAACAACAACAUCAGCAGCAGUCAGCUGGACGGACUCUUUGUGCUUCAUCCAGGACACGAAUAUCAUCACUCAGGCAGGGGAAAGACUAUUCUGAAGCACAAUGGGGCCAUUCCAGGAUUAUGAGAAGUCAACAGUCAAGUCGCCACGCAGCCGUAUCCCACGUCUCGUGCUACACCCGUAUCGUCCAAAAGACAAAAGCUCAAUCUUAUCGGAAUCACCAUAUUCAGAAGAAGAAGGAAAAGAUUCUGAUCACUCUAAAGGGACCAUCAGCACCACCAGCUUCUACUCUGAUGACACCGGCUGCCCCACCAGUAAGUCCGUGUCCCCCUCCAAAACCCCGUCCGGUUCGGAGCAGAGUGGCCACAGAUCCCCUGUGCUGCCUGAACGCACCAUCAAAGUGAAGAGGGUCCGAGUGGUCGCAGAAGGAUGUGGAGAACUACACCCCAGAACAAGACAGAAAAGGGAGCUACGCUCUGCUAUGAAGCACAAAAGAAGUGAAGCAGAUUUCGGCUCCUCCAGCAGCACUGGCAGUCUAAAGGCCAGAGAGACCGUCUCCUCAAAUUCAGUUGGAAAAAAUACUCCAACUCGCAGCUGGACCACUCGCAUCAGACCGCUGCCCAUUUUUAAACCAGCUGGGAGCCCAGUUGCAAAUCGCGAUGCAGAACUUUAUGGCCCCUACGGGACACCCCCCAGAAUGACCUCCUCCACUAACAGCAGCUGCAACUCCAGCCCCUCUGCGAGAAGAGCCAGUCUGGGACGGUACCAUUCAUGUGGAGACAACCAUGGUGUCAGACCGCCAAACCCAGAGCAGUACCUCACUCCCCUGCAGCAGAAAGAGGUGGCUAUCAGGCACCUUAGAACUAAACUUUUGGAAUCUGAAAACAGAGUCCUAGAGAGGGAGACUGAAAUUGAAGAGUUAAAAGGGCAACUGAGUCGAAUGAGAGAAGACUGGAUUGAGGAGGAAUGUCACCGGGUAGAGGCUCAGUUGUCCCUCAAAGAAGCCCGCAAAGAGAUCAAGCAGCUACGUCAGGUGGUGGAGACCAUGAAGAGCAGCCUCAUGGAGAAAGACAAGGGCAUCCAAAAGUACUUUAUCGACAUCAACAUCCAAAACAGAAAACUAGAGUCUCUUCUUCACAGUAUGGAGCUGGCCCAAAGUGGCAGCAGCGUUGACAAUGAACAGACCUUGGAUUUUAUCUGUGAUAGCUCGAAUGGCAGUGGGAAAAAGAUGCUGGGUGUGGUGGAUGUUGAGAUGGAGCAAGGAGCAGAGGCAAUGGCAGACAGUGGGCUGCUUGUUAACGACGAGAUGGCCAACAGAGCAGACAUUUUGGAGAAAAUAUUCAUGUCCACAGCAGUAGAUUGCAGUCAGGAUGCAAGUGGAAAGCUAAGGGUUGAUGGGGCAAUGCUAACAACUCUGUCAGAAGUGUCUCCAAAUGAACAAUCUGUUGGACUUGUAAAUAACGUGUCAACAGUAACCCUAUCCGAAAUCGGACCAUGCCAAGAUGACAAAGAGGUUCAGACUGACCCAGUGUGUUCUGACAUCCAAACCCUGCUUCUCCAACUGCUCAAGUUUCAUGGCGUAACAUUUGAUGAACCCAAUCUAUCAAGUUCAAAGAACCUACAUGAAAUCACAACUGCUAAUCCACCAUUAUCCAACAUGCCCAUCAUAGAUGAAAGCCCUGAUACCUCCACCGAUUCAGGCAUAGGGUCUGCAGAAGCCACGGAGAGCCCAAAGUGCAUGGAAGAACUAGACUUUGACAGUGGCAGUGAGGGGCAUCGCCUUACCCCUGGACUUGAGGUUGUGGAAAAACGCUACUGGAGCAACAACUUCUUGGUUGACCUGGUAGCAGUGGCAGCUCCAGUUUUGCCUACGGUGGCCUGGAUGUACUCGAGACACGGGGCAGAUGGAAGCGUCCCAUUUUAUAGCAUUGCUGCCCUUAUUAGGGGCUGUUGCAUCAUGGGAUUGCACUCUCUUCGUCAUGUGGCUAACAGGCCGGGCACUUGAAGGAUUCCUGCAUGCAUUAACUAAAAGCACUUCUGCAUCAUUUUUGUGAGAUUAUUAUCAAACACUUUAAAUCUGCCAGUUAUUUUGAAUCCACUUGACUUUGCACUCGUUUCCAUGAAUUAAGACAAAUGGUGAUAUGAAAGGGAUUAUUUAUUCAGGGUAUUUAUUAUUUAUGUAUAAAAUAAUCAUCUAGGUAGAUGGUUAUGUGUGUUAUUGUCCCGUACUGUCCCUAAAUGUGUCACAAAACUUGUUGGGAUGGGAUAUUUUGAAGGUGAAUGUCUGUGUCGGAAAAGUCACCAAGGGUCACUUUGUUGUUUUGUUCAAAAGGAAACCUUCAGCCAAAGCUUUAAUGUCAAGUCACUCUUAUUUUGUGAGAAGCAUAUAUAUUUUCCUCACUGGGAGUAGAGCUUUAUUUUGUACCUCUUGUGUAUUGUUCAUAAAUGCUUCAAUGCUGAACACAUGUUGAUGUGCCUGAGCUAUGUGCAAUACUGUUGGUAAAUGUCAAAUGUCCUUUUAAUAUUAUUAAAGCAUGAUAAAUAUCACAAA